AUGAAGCGGGGCUCUGCGGCCGGCCAAGAGCGCGUACGCUCCGCUAGACGCACUGACUCCUCAGCAUCGCAUGCGAGCACCGCGGUGCCAGAGAGCCUUAAGCUUCCUGGAAGAUCCCGCGACGUCGGCGACGUGUCGCGUUCAGUGGACGAGUCGAUCCGCGAGGAUGGUAGGGCCCUGCAACCUGGUGAGACCAGCGAGGUGGGCCAAUCUACCCAGUCUACCCCCUCGCACGCGUUGCUCCGCAAGGUGAGCCAAACACAGCCCGCCGAUGACGCAGCGAUUGUCUCCCUCAUGGCGCUCGCGUCUGCCUCGGCCCCGGCCGGCUUGUCCGAGGAGUGCCCAUCGCCGGGCGGGGGGUCGAGAACCGCGCAGAAGCGGAAGUUACGCGAGGACGACAGCCGCGCGACGGGCGGGGCGGAAGGACGCAGGAUGACGCCUCCUGAGUGGGACCCGCCCGAGCCUGAACGUGGCGCGUACCGCCUGGCGAGCGGCGCGAGCAUCGAAACCCUCAAGCGGCUCGCGGCGGCGUUCAAGCUCUGCCCGACGCCAAACGUGUGGCAGCUGGAGUCCAUCUCGCAGAGCGUGGAGCUGCCGACGCCCAAGCUGGCGCAGUGGUUCGCGACACGCCGAGCAUUGCAGGAGUGGGCGAGCCGUGUGCCCAGUGGACAUCUCAACGCCAGCCUGCUAAUGGAAGUCUUCUACCCGGAGCGGGAAAGGAAGCGCUGCCACAACUCCUUAGGCAUCACAAACACAGUCCCGGCAUCUGCUGUUAAGGGGCACUCUCCCGCGCGUUAG